AUGAUCGCCAAGACCGUCCUCGCCGGCCUGGCCGCUGGUCUGGUCGCUUUUGUCGCAGCCGCACCCACCGGCACCGAUGCCAUCGGAGCGACCUGCACCUCAGGCGCGGCAGCCUCCAACCCGUCAUUUGACAUCAAAUACGUCAACGUCUCGUCCGUCCUUCCCGCAGGCCUCUCCGGCAGAAACUACGAGCCCGACCGGACAUGGGCCGCUGAACAUGCCCUUCACACUACGUAUCUUGGCCUGACGGCCGGUGGCGGAAUGGAUGCCUAUGGCGCAUUCAAGUGCCAGUUUGCUUGCAAUGGCGAGCAGGGCUGUCUUUCGUACUUUGGUCGAUAUGUCCAAAUCGGCACCAGCCAGGAGCACUUUGACUGCAUCACUUAUGAUGCCCUGCUCGACUCGUCUCUGUUCGUGGAGGAUAGCGAAUCGGGUAACCUAGCUGUUGGUGGAUUCGACAAGCCUUGCGAUGCGAUCAAGGCUUGA